GUGGUGAUCUCAUGGCAGGCAAACGCAACAACACUGAAUUCCAACAAGAAACCGAAGAACGCUUCGCUAAAUACGACGCGCUAUUUGAAAAGAUUUUGGGUGAGUUGCAGACCCUGAAUGUCCGAAAGGAACAAAAAGAUGAUGGGGUUCUCACCAUCAAUGCCAAUCAUAAGCCGUAUUUGAAACUCCAUUUUCCUCGAUUCAGUGGCGAUGACCCGACGGGGUGGAUCUACCAGGCAGAACAAUAUUUCGAAUUUCAGAACGUGGCGACAACAGAUCAGGUUAGUUUGGCCUCUUUUCAUCUAGACGGCAUAGCCCUUCAAUGGCAUCGGUGGUAUACAAAGACUCGUGGUCCGUUAACAUGGGCGGAGUUUACCACUGCCUUGCUCAAUCGGUUUGGUCCUACCGAUUACGAGGAUCCGUCGGAGGCCCUACAUCGCCUUAAACAAGUUACCACCGUAGCCGCCUACCAGGAAGCAUUUGAGCGGCUCUCGAAUCGUCUCGAUGGGUUACCGGAGUUAUUCCUUAUGGGUUGUUUUAUUGGGGGGUUAAAAGAAGAAAUACGCUUGGAGGUGAAGAUAAAGAAACCAAGGACACUCUCUGAUGCAAUUGGAAUAGCUAGAAUGGUGGAAGAAAAAUUAUCACUGCAUGAAGGUUUAAGUUUGGCUUCACAAAAGCCACAGCUAGCUAGUGAUUCCACUCAUCCUCCGUCAAAUCCCGGGUUAUUAGGAUCAGCUCCUACUCAACGGCUUAGCUUACCCGCACCGAGUCCAAUUCGUCGUCUAUCAAAUGUGGAGGCACGUGAACGCCGCGAGAAGGGACUUUGCUACUAUUGUGACGAUCGUUAUACGCCGGGGCACAAGUGUAGUAAGCCUCAACUGUUUAUGAUUAGCGGGGUACAAGAGGUUGAUAACGUGGUCCACGUAACCGAAAACGCCGAUCCUGUGCCACAUGGUCUUCAAGCCGAGAUUUCGUUUCUUGCGGUUUCGGGUACUAUUCUUCCCCAAACACUACGGCUAUCAGGUAAGAUCGGUGACCAUACUAUUGUGGUGUUGGUUGAUGGUGGAAGCACACAUAAUUUCAUUUCUCAGGCUUUGGUUGAUAAAUUGGGACUCACGGUUGUAAAUGAUGUGAACUUUGAAGUAGUGGUUGCUAAUGAAGACAAACUAGUUUGUGCCGGUAGGGUUCGGAAUCUCUCGAUUAAGUUUUCGGGGUAUACCGUCACUACCGAUUUGUUUGUUUUACCCGUCGCUGCCUACCCGAUCGUCCUUGGGAUUCAAUGGUUGAAGACCUUAGGCCCGGUUAAGAUCGACUUUCAGGAUCUUACUAUGGGGUUCCGUAUCGGCGAUUCGUCACACAAGUUACAUGGGUUGAAACACUCCGGUUUAGAGGAACUGAAACCGAAGCGGAUUGCGGAGAUACCGACCAAGAAGCCUUAUCCUGUGUUUUGCCUUGCGGACAAGGCAAGUGUAAGGGGGGGGUGGAUUGUUAUGUACCUGGGCUACGUAAGGAGCCCAACAAGAUGCAUGAGCCCAAGAAGCCUACAUAAGCCCAAGAAGCCUACACACUAGUCGCAUGCAUGCAGGAGAUUGCAACGUUCAUUUCCUGUUUGUUUGAAUAAUUAGUUUGAAUAAUUAGUUGAGAGAAUAAUGGGAAACGUGGUAUGACCAACGUUCUCCUCCAAGUUGUUAGGAGUUAGCUUUGAAUUAUUUUGUUUUCUUCUGUUUAGAAUGGCUAUAUAAGAGC